AUGGUGCGCCACCGGGACGAGGACCUGAUCGGGAUCCCGUUCCCGAACCACAGCAGCGACGUCCUGUGCAGCCUGAACCAGCAGCGGCGCGACGGGCUCCUGUGCGACGUGGUCCUCAUCGUCCAGGAGCAGGAGCACCGCACCCACCGCUCCGUGCUCGCCGCCUGCAGCCAGUACUUCAAGAAGCUCUUCACGGCGGCGGACGGAGCACAGCCGCACCACGCCGCCGCCGCCGUGUACCAGAUCGACUUUGUGGCUCCAGACUCUCUGGCCGCCAUCUUGGACUUCGCCUACACCUCCACUCUCACCAUCACCGCCUCCAACGUCAAAGAGAUUCUAACCGCCGCACAGAUGUUAGAAAUCCCCUGUAUCGUCAACGUGUGUUUGGAGAUCAUGGACAGUGAGGGAGGGGGGGGAGGAGCGAGAGACGAUGAAGAGGAGGAGGAGGAAGAGGAAGAGGAGGAGGAGGAGGAAGAGGAGGAGGAUGAGGAAGAGGAGGGUUGUAGGAAAGACGAGCGCGACGAGGACGACAAUGAUAACAGUGACCAGUCGGUGAGGUCGUCGGAGAGCCGUGGGCAGACGCCGUCGGGGGCUGGCUCCUCCCCCCCUCCCAACACCUCCUCCCACGCGCAGCCGACACCGCGGUUACCGUCAACACAGUCAACGAGAAAACAGGAGAGUCUCGAAAGUCGCACGUUGAAGGACUUCUCCAUCGAGUCGCUGCUUCAGGAGGGGCUGUACCCUCGCAUGCCCACGCUGGACCGACGGCCUCAUCUCUCCCCGCUCCUGCCCAGCUUCUACCCCUCAGUCUGGGCCACGGACUUCCCUGGAUUCUCACAACAGUUCCUCGACCCCAGCCACAUUCCGGCCUCCCAUCAGAGCCACCUCGCCAGCCCCUUCCCCCCCACCGCCAUCUCCCACGACAACCCCCGACCAUUGGACCUCGCCGUCAAACAAGAAAUCAUCAAAGAGGAGAUGAAAGAGGAGGCUCCACCCACAAUCCUCAACGGCGAUUACGCGAAAGAGUACGUAGCCCGUGGCGCCAAUCCCAGCCCGGGGUCGGUGUCCGCAGACGGGCACGCCAUGGGUCAGAUCAAAGACGAGGCCGAGUUCCGAUCGUACCUGAGCUUCCUGAGUUCGGCGUCGCACCUGGGGGGGCUGUUCCCGCCGUGGCAGCUGGAGGAGGAGAGGAAGAUGAAGCCGAAAGCGUCGCAGCAGUGUCCCAUCUGCAACAAGGUGAUCCAGGGCGCCGGGAAACUGCCCCGCCACAUGCGGACGCACACAGGGGAGAAGCCCUACAUGUGCACCAUCUGUGAGGUCCGCUUCACCAGACAGGACAAGUUAAAGAUCCACAUGAGGAAGCACACGGGGGAGCGUCCGUACAUCUGCCUUCACUGUAACUCCAAGUUCGUCCACAACUACGACCUGAAGAACCACCUGCGGAUCCACACCGGGGUGCGGCCGUACCAGUGCGAACACUGCUACAAGAGCUUCACUCGCUCCGACCACCUGCACCGCCACAUCAAGAGGCAGAGCUGCCGCGUGUCCCGCCCCCGACGAGGCCGAAAACCCGCCGCCUGGAGAUCCACCACGCCCACCAACUUCCUGUGUCCGCCCACCAACCCCAUCAACCGCUUCGAGGAGGCCGCUCUGAGCUCCUCUUACCCCGUCAAGACCCACGCGCUCGGGGAGAUGCUCGGACUCGGCAUCAGGGGUCUGGGGUUCAAAGGGUCUGAGCGAGAGCCCCAGGACAGUGUGAGGGAAGAGGGUAAAGCCGUCAGCCCCGACAAGCACAAGUCCAGAGCAGGGCGUCAGAGUGGAAUGUUCGCCUUCACCAUCUCUGGAGCGGAUCUUCUCUCUCACUCUCAGUUCUACAGCACGCCCUCUGACCCCUGGGCCAUGGGUCUGGAGCGGGCUCCUCCCAUGUCCGAGCAGGCCAAGUGA